AUUGCCUAAUUGAUGGAAAAUUAUGUGGCACGAAGCUCGAAAACAGGAACGCCGGAUACGGGGCCUCAUCGUGGACUACCGCAAGCGUGCCGAGCGUAGACAAUACUUCUAUGAUAAGAUCCAAGCGGACCCCACGCAGUUUCUGCAAUUGCAUGGCAGACGCUGCAAAAUUUAUCUAGAUCCAGCCGUAGCGGCCGCCGGUGACGGCGACGCAAUCAUUGUGCCCUGGCAGGGACAUCAGGACAAUCUUAUCGAUCGCUUUGAUGUCCGUGCACAUCUGGACUACAUUGCGCCCGUGCCAAAGAGCAGCAAUGAGCAGGGCGAAGACGAUUCGGAGUUGACGGCGGAGGAACGCCAAUUGAACUAUGAACGCUAUCGCAUUUUGGCCCAAAAUGAUUUCCUCAAUGUGAGCGAAGACAAAUUCCUACAUCAGUUGUAUUUGGAGGAGCAGUACGGAGCAAACGCGCAGCUUGAGGCGGAGCGAAAUUUGGGAAAGAAGAAACAGAAGAGCACCGGCGGAGCCACUAUUGGGUACUCGUAUGAUGAUGUCGGGGAUUUGCCUUCGAUCGCAAUCGGCCCACAGCCCUUUGGAUCGGUGCAGCCGGCGAGCAGCAGCAGCAGCGGCGCAGUUGUUCCUUCGGGCGAAAAGGCUGAAAACUCUGAUGAAUCUGACUCCGAUAUCGACAUGGAUGUCUCGAUAGACAUUGGCAAACUGGAUACGGCUCAGGCACACGAACUAAAUGCUUGCGGGCGUAACUACGGCAUGAAAAGCAACGAUUUUUUCUCUCAUCUAACUAAAGAUGCAGACGAAGCGGAUGCGCUGCGCAUUGCGCGCGAGGAGGAGCAGGAGAAGAUGUUAUUAAGUGGCCGCAAGUCACGCCGAGAGCGACGAGCACAAAAGGAGCGACGCAUCGCAAAUCGUCCAUUCAGCCCUCCCAGCUAUGCGGCCAAGGAGGACCAGAGCAAAAACAAGGAUAAGGACGAGGAUUCGGAGUCGCGGUCGCCGUCACCAGCCGAGGGCGGUGGCGAAAAGAUUACCUAUAUUACCUCAUUCGGUGGCGAGGACGAGAUGCAACCGCACUCAAAGAUCACUAUCAACUUGACCAAGCCUGGUCAGACCUUGGGCGAGUCCUGCAUUAAUGCCAGCAGCGGAGCAGCAUCUGCAGCUACUUCAGUGUCAUACGCACAAAAGGUCAAAGACAACCUUGAUAAACUGAAGCUCAUGAAUGAGUCGGCUAAGCGCAGUGGACGACGGCGCUCGCAUAGCACCUCCCGCAGUCCAAGUCGCCGGCGCAGUCGCCGUCGCAGCUAUCACCGACGCAGCCGCACACGGAGCCGGAGACGACGGCGCUACUACUCCAGAUCGCGUUCCCAGUCUCGCACUAGAUCAAAGUCCUGGGAGCGCUCACGCAGCCCGAGCUAUAGACGAUCGCGCAAACGCUAUUCCUAUUCCUCUGGCAGCUCCAGUGCUAGCUCCUACACGAAGUCGAGGAGGCGUCGCUCCCGCUCCCACUCACGAGCCAGCCGACUCAGUCGAGCGCAUUCAUGUGUUAAGAAGGCUGCAACGCCACCAGCAACACAGAAAACACAGACUAUUUGCCUCAGCACAACAACAACGACGACGACGGCCAGCACCAUAUUGGCAACAGCGGCGAGUGUGCCGCUCAAGCAGCUGCUGACAAAGCCGGCGGAGCAGACGGUGUCCGCCGUGCCCAUGAUCAGCUAUCCGUUGUCCUCGCGCGUGCUCAGCAUGACGACAACUGCACCGGCUGUGAUUAAGGCUACGCCGGUGGUGCCCCAAGUGACAGAGCCACCACCGCCGCCCUUGAAGCGCUACUACGGACGGAAGCGCGGCAACGAUACGUCCUCCUCGUCAGCGGAGAGUAGUGAUCCCAGCGAUGCGGAGGAAGAUGAGAGCAAACAGCCAGGCAAAUCUCUGCGCGGCAGAGACCGCGAUGACUCUGACGAAUUGGAUGUGGAUACUGCCUCGGAACGCUCACAGCCAUUGAUGUCGUCAUCCAGCACGGGUAAUCAAACAGGCAAAUAUAGUUCUGCUACCGAAACCAAAGGCUCUGGACAGGCGAGCGGCAGUGGACGACCCAAUUUGCGAGAGCGGCUUAAGCGCAAAAUGCAAAACCUGCUGAACAGGCAAUAUAAGGCCGAUAAGCGAGCAGAGAUCGAGAAGACGGAGAGGGAGCGACAACUGCAGCAGGAGCGCGAGGACGAGAUGCGUGAGCUGGCGCUCAAGCUGCGGCGCAGGCGGCGAGAGUUGCGCCACAAGUACGGAACGCCGUCCAGCGGCAAGCUCUCCGACAGCGACGUUGAUUCGGUGGACUCAGAAGCUCCAGCGCGCACUACCAAAGCAUCCGCCCGUCGCAGCAGAUCACGCAGCGGCAGUCACAGUCGAACUAAGAGACAUAGAUCACGUUCCCGAAGUCGACGCAGCACUAGUCGUGUGCAGAGAAAACGCAGAUCCCGCAGUCCCAGUCGGAGCCGAAGACAACGAUCGCGCUCUCGUAGUAGACGAAGCAACAGUCGGCCGAUCGAGCGUAAGCGCAGGUCUCACAGUCGUCGACGCAGCGGCAGUCGAGAGCGCAGACACUCCCGAAGUCGACGCAGCCAGUCCCAGUCACGAAGACGCCGCCAGCGGGAGCACAGCCUGGAGAGAGCUCGUGACCGCGAACGAUACAGGCAGCAGCACUACGAACGUACGCACAGUGCUCGAGAGGAGGCUCAGGCUCAUGGCAGUGGCAGUGGCUCUGGCAGCGGAAAUCGAGGACGAGUGGUCAUAUCGGCGCCACCCAAGCUUAAGAAGCUGGUCGACUAUUGAUGUGGAUCAACAAACGUAUACUCAAGAAUAGAAAAAUGCGAUAAUAUGAUGGAUAUGAUAUGAUUGGUUAUGGCCGCGCAUCGUUUGUUUUAGGUAUAGGCAUAUUUUUCUAUGGCUUUAUGCAUUGUUGAAUGUAUUUGUUUACGCUUAUGCUCAAUUAAACAAGUGCAUA